UUUAAUAAAAAUAUUGAAAUGGCAAAGUACGAAAAUGUCAAGACGAAUGAUUCAGUAAUGGAAUCAGAUCUAGAGACGAAGGAGAGUGAAGAAGAGGUUAAAUUAAGAAAGAUCAUCAAGGAAGUCAAAGAGCAUGUAGCUAUGAAAGAUAGAAAGUUACCCAGAAUAUUUGGUAAAACAAUUGUACUUUACCAGGCAAAUAAUCAAGCAGUCCUUACUAUUGGACCCCAUAUCGGAUUUACCAUCUGUCUUUUUGUGACUAUCAUUGCAGUUUCUAUUGGUGCGAUAUAUCUUGCAUCUCUUUCUUCUGGAAUCUUAGCACUUGUAGGUGCGAUAAUUGGCCUGCUUCUGUUAAUAGCACUGGGAUUUACAGCUCUAGUUGCUCCUGGCCAUCCUAGUUUGGAAGUUACAGAAGAAGAUCUGAAAUUAGUUGAGCAAGAUCACCAAGUAUGGUGCAAAAUUUGUAAAGUAAUAAAAAGAAAAGGCGAUCAGCAUUGCUCAGAAUGAUAUUCAUGAGUUGAAGGAAUGGACCAUCACUGCCCUUGGAUGGGAAAAUGAGUUGGUAAAGGAAACCUUGCUUUCUUCGACCUCUUCAUCAUUCUAGCAGGUGUGUAUUUCAUAUUCCUUUUUGCCACUGUGAUUUCCUACCUCGUUGCUACUGGUGAUGACUCAUAAAUCAAUAAUACUAUAAACUUAAG